GUCGUUCCUUUUUCCUUUGACUCCUCUCUUAUCUUUCUCCUUUUAUAUCUCCUUCUGUAUUUCAACUAUUUCUAUCUCUCCUUAUUUCUCUCUCUAAAAAUUCUCUCUCUUAUUUCUCUCUCUGUAUUCUGUUUUACUUUUACUCUUACUUUGAAGAACAGAAGAUUGAUCAGAUUUGUCGUGGGUAUGAUUGAUGAAAUUGAUAACUUAUAUGGAUGUUAUUUCUUUUGUUGUAGCGAAGAAGAACAAGAAUCAAAGAUCAUAUCCUUUUCUUUUUCCUGAUUUGCAACAAGAUCAUUGAUUUUCUCGGUUUCGUCUUGGGAUUUGCUUCGUUUUACAUCUGAUUUCAAACCUGAUUUUUGGUCUUAUACCCAUAUCAUAUGGCUGGGAGUAAUGAAAUCAACGUCAAUGAAUGCAAGAAAGUAGUUCCACUAAACACAUGGAUUCUGAUAUCAAAUUUCAAGCUUGCAUAUAAUCUUCUGCGAAGACCAGAUGGAACAUUUAACAGAGAAUUAAACGAAUUUCUAGAUCGUAAAGUUCCGGCCAAUACAAUCCCAGUAGAUGGGGUUUUUUCUUUUGAUAUUGUGGAUAAAUCCACAAAUCUUUUAAACAGGGUAUACAUGCCUUCAUCUGGAAAUGAUGCUCAAUGGGGUGUUUCUGAGCUAGAAAAGCCUCUUAGUACAAAACAAAUAGUGCCUGUUAUAGUUUACUUUCACGGUGGGAGCUUUACCCAUUCUUCAGCUAAUAGUGCAAUCUAUGACACCCUUUGUCGCCGCCUUGUUAGUCUUUGCAAGGCGGUUGUUGUCUCGGUUAACUACCGAAGAUCCCCUGAGCAUAGAUAUCCGGCUGCGUAUGAUGAUGGGUGGUCAGCUGUUAAGUGGGUGAGUACAAGACCUUGGCUUCAAAGUGGGAAAGAUUCAAACCGAAAAGUUCAUGUUUAUAUGGCUGGUGAUAGCUCUGGGGGCAACAUUGCCCAUCAUGUAGCAGUCAAGGCCGCUGAGGAAGGUGUUGAGGUGAUCGGAAACAUAUUACUACACCCUAUGUUUGGUGGUGAAAAGAGGAUGGAUUCCGAGAAAACGUUAGAUGGGAAAUACUUCGUUACAGUUCAAGAUCGAGAUUGGUAUUGGAGGGCUUAUCUUCCUGAAGGGGAGGAUCGUGAUCAUCCCGCUUGUAACAUAUUCGGUCCAAGAGGACGCGAUCUUAAGGGUUUAAGUUUUCCAAAGAGCUUAGUCGUAGUAGCUGGUUUAGAUUUGGUACAAGAUUGGCAAUUAGCUUAUGUUGAAGGCCUUAAAGAAGCAGGGCAUGAAGUGAAGCUUCUAUACUUAGAACAAGCCACAAUUGGGUUCUAUUUCUUACCUAAUAAUGACCAUUUCUAUACCCUAAUGGAAGAGAUAAAGAACUUUGUGAAUCCUAACUGUUAAUAGUAGUCCUUAUCUUCUUCAUUCCCCAUUUACCUACAUCAUUAGAUCCUUCUUAUACAUGACAAAAACAGCUUUUGACAUUUUCCCUUUAGUUCCUUGUUUUUCCUUUAUUCUGAUUUCCUAAGUUGGUGUGUAGUUAAGAUAGAUUGUUGUGCUUAGACUGUUAAUUGGUAUAAACUUGAUACUCUCAUUUAUGGUGGUGAUUACCGAUUCGACUUUUAGAUCAAGCUUUUCUGCAAAUUACUAUCUCUAUCCUUGUUGCGAUCAAUCCGUUCAAUGAAAACGCAGAACUACGUCCAGAUUCCGGUUUCAUCAUCAGAAUUGACGGGAUUCAACCUGCUUGAUGUUCGAAGUUUUACAAAUCAACAAAGGUUGGAUUUCUGUGAUAGGGUAUUGUCAUAAGGUACUAAUUUUAGAGAACAUGGAUUAUGUGUUGCCUGGCUACAAUCCAUGCUGUUAAUGUUAUCAUAUACUGUUGUUAAUUUGUUAUUAGUUAUUAAUAUAAAGGAAACUUGUGUUUUUAUAUAAUCUUGGUAAUUCAAACGAUUAUAAUUCAGAACCAAAGAACUGAUGCUCGGAAAAUUCAUAGUUGAUAAAGAAAGUACAGGUGCAAAUGCAAUGGCUUUGUACUUGUGGUACAUUGUACAAAUUGUUCUUUUGAAGGAAUUGGAUGCUUGAGAUUAAGAUUUGUGUA